UCAACGCUGUCCAUAACCCAUUCGGCCGUUGCCUCUCGGGCUACUAAGGAAGAAGAAGCAGUAACCGACUUAUUGGGUACACUGACCCGAUUAAAUGACACAGUAUCAUAUCAGACUGUGCCAAGUCGCCAGGAAUUACAGAAGCUAGUGCCAAAUGGAAGAGGUAUUCUUCAAUUAAAGCAGUAUCAUCCUCCUGACCAAUGCUUUGGACCUAGUUCUGCGGGACGGCAAGAUCAGCAAUAUGCAAGAGCUGGAACAUACUGGUAGCAGAGAAAUUUGGAGCAUGCGCUGGAAGCGUCUGGAAUUUGCCCAAUUGUACUGGACGUCUAUAUUAGGAAUAAAAAUUGGGAAAAAUGAUAUAAACCACCCAUCACUGAAUUUUUUCGAGCUCAUAUUUUUUUCUACAACCAUGAGUUCUGGUAUGCAAUUUACAGAAAAGGUCGAGAAGCUACUCGGCCAAGCACAAAGCUUAGCACAAGAGUUCAGCCAUGUUCAACUUGCUCCGGCCCAUAUCGCUUCUGCUCUGUUUGACGAAAGCGAAGGUGGUAGUCUAUUCAAAAAUGUCAUCCAGAAAGCAGGAGGUGAUCCAGCAUUGGCCGAAAGGGGGUACAAGAAGAUGAUGGUUCAUCUGCCUACUCAAGACCCUCCGCCAGUUGAGCUAUCCCUCGGUCCGCAAGCCGCCAAGUUGCUCCGAAAUGCUCAAACACAUCAAAAAAGUCAAAAAGACAGCUACAUAUCGGUGGACCAUAUUAUACUGGCCCUUGCAGAUCAAGACUCCACGUUCCAGCCACUCAAGGAUGCUGGCGUCACCAAGCAAGCUCUCCAAAGUGCCAUACAACACCUCCGUGGUAACAAGCGUGUUGACACUAAGAAUGCCGAAGACAAUUACGAAGCCCUCAGCAAGUACGCCAUUGACAUGACUGCCAUGGCUGAACAGGGAAAGCUAGAUCCCGUCAUUGGUAGAGACGACGAAAUUAGACGAGUCAUCCGGGUUUUGGCUCGGCGAACCAAGAACAACCCGGUACUUAUUGGAGAACCUGGAGUCGGUAAAACUGCUAUUGUAGAAGGUUUGGCUAGACGAAUUGUAGAGCGUGACGUACCACAGUCUUUACAAUGCAAACUCUUCUCAUUGGAUAUGGGAGCAUUGGUAGCAGGUGCCAAGUACCGUGGAGAAUUCGAAGAACGCCUAAAGUCCGUUCUGAAGGAAGUCAAGGAGUCCGAAGAGGGCAUCAUCCUCUUUAUCGACGAAAUCCAUACCGUUCUUGGGGCUGGCAAAUCCGAAGGUUCCAUGGAUGCCGCUAACCUUCUCAAACCAAUGUUAGCUCGUGGCGAACUUCGAUGUAUUGGUGCUACCACUUUGACAGAAUACAAAGUCAUCGAAAAGGAUCCUGCAUUUGAACGUCGUUUCCAGAAGGUUGACGUUGGUGAACCAAGCUAUGAUAUGGACAAGUCUCGAUUGGAUGAAAUCCGUGAUCUCAACCAGAAGCUAGACGAACUCAAGAGAAAGGCACACGAAGCGAAGAAUCGCUAUGAUCUUGCUACCGCAGCAGAUAUCGAGUACUAUGCUAUCCCUGAUGUUGAGCAAAGAAUAGCUGAAGUGACUGCAGAGAAGAAGCGUAGAAAAUCGGAAGCUGCUGCGUCCAACGAGGAAGAUCUCCUUAGCGAAGUUGUACGUGCUGAACAAGUCAUGGAAGUAGUCGCUCGCUGGACUGGUAUUCCUGUGCAAAAUUUGGCAAGGAGCGAACGUGAAAAACUUUUGAACAUGGAACAGCAUCUGAGCAAGGAGGUUGUUGGACAAGACUCUGCCAUUCAAGCCGUCAGCAACGCCAUUCGACUUAGCAAAGCACAGCUGCAAGAUCCUAAUAAACCACUGGCCAGUUUCAUGUUCCUUGGUCCUACUGGUGUGGGUAAAACACUGCUUUGCAAGACUUUAGCCGAGUUCCUAUUUGACGAUGAGAGAGCGCUCAUUCGUAUUGAUAUGAGCGAAUACAUGGAGAAGUUCUCUGUUAGUCGAUUGAUUGGAUCUCCUCCAGGAUAUGUUGGCCAUGAAGAAGGUGGCGAGCUUACAGAAGCCGUCAGAAGAAAGCCUUACUCUGUUGUGCUGUUUGAUGAAUUGGAGAAAGCUCACAAGGAUGUGGCCAAUGUUCUUCUUCAAGUUCUUGACGAAGGUCAUAUUCAUGACUCCAAAGGAAGAAAGGUGGACUUCAGAAAUACUAUCAUUGUCAUGACAUCCAAUCUAGGAGCCAACCUUCUGGCUGAAACUUCUGGAAUUCACGAUACCAAGGCAAUGCUGAUGAUCAAGGAGCAAAUUAUGCAAGUGGUUAGACAGCAUUUCAGCCCGGAAUUCACAAAUCGUAUCGACGAACUUGUCAUCUUCAACAGACUCACUCAGAGCAAUAUUACCGGCAUUGUUGAUGUCCGCCUGCAAGAAAUUCAACAACGCUUGGACGAUCGCAAAAUCACCUUGGAAGUCGAUCAGAAGGCUAAGGAAUGGCUUGGACAAAGUGGAUACGAACCUAUAUUCGGUGCAAGACCACUUAACCGUCUUUUGCAGAACAAGAUCCUAAGUCCACUUGCUCGUCUUGUGUUGGAUGGUGGAGUCCGAAAUGGCGAAACUGUCAGGGUCAUCAUGAAUACCGACGCUGACGACGUUGAAGUUGUUCGAAACCACGAACCAGAUGGCACCUUCAACUAUGAAGAACCCCAUAUCGAGGAUGAUGGUGAUACUGCCAUGGAAGAUAAUUGACUCGAUAAUGGCUCACCAAAGAAGAAACGAACUAGAUCAGAAACUUCACACUCGGCUUCCAUUGGAAAAGAGCGUACGAAGAGCCGCAAAUGUAUAUAAUCGCACAACUUUUAAAUCACUUCCUCAUUAUAAGCAAUUUUUGACAUGCCUUGUUUUUUCAUAUCAAUAAAAAAGCAUAAUAAGACGCAUCAU